GGUUUUGUCUUCCUGUUUUCGGGGGGAAAAAAGUGAAACUGUAGCUGGUCAGACUAUACAGUCUCUGUUCAGGAUCAAACUGUCCUGCUUCAUUUUACACGCUGAUCAUCCGCUCACAACUGCAGGGCGUCUGGUAAGUUUUUUUGUUUAGGAUGUCAGUUGUUAAGAUGACAGAGGGGAGUGUGCAGGUGGAGAGCUGCAAAGCGCCGCUGUUCUACAGACAGAGUGCACCUGCCGCAGAGGAAGUUAGGAUGUCAGUUUUACUCCUUCACGGCAUCCGUUUCUCAUCAGAAAACUGGCUCAACAUUGGCACUCUGGAGACUCUGGCCAAAGCAGGCUGCCGUGCGGUCGCCAUCGACCUGCCAGGGCUCGGCCGGUCCAAGUCAGCCGAGGCCCCUGCCGCGGUCGGAGAACUGGCCCCUGCAGAUUUCCUGAAGGAGGUGUGUGAGGAGCUGAGCCUGAGCCCGGUGGUGGUGAUCAGCCCGUCCCUCAGUGGGAUGUACUCCCUCCCCUUCCUCCUCCAGCACCAGGCCCUGAUACGAGCCUACAUCCCUGUAGCUCCCAUCUGCACCGACAAAUUCACAGCAGAGCAGUACCAGAGUGUAAAGGUCCCAUCUCUGAUCGUUUAUGGUGACCAGGACACUCAGCUUGGAGAACUGUCACUGAGCAACCUGAGCAAUCUGGCCAAUCACAGCGUGGUGGUAAUGAAAGGAGCGGGUCACCCCUGUUACCUGGACGACCCGGACACUUGGCACAAAGCCCUCACUGACUUCCUCAAUACCCUGUGAAGCUGCUCGUUGUGGAGAGAUUCUCAACAGCAUCCAGUAAAUUAAUUUAGACCACAAAUGUCCUGCACAAACUGAUUGUGACUUUUUAAAUAGUACAGUAAAAGCCAGUAAUAAAACUGGAAAUCAAGACUUUUCUAAACCUUUGAAGGCAAAGUAAGACAUUUUGAGAUACAGUAUAUACGCUUAUUCACUUUUGCCGCCGAGAGUUAGAUAGAACGAUUGAUGUCUAUAUGGUAAAGAUGAAGCUACGGCUAACAGCCAGCUAACUUAGUUUAGCGUAAAGACUUGAAAUGGGGAAACUAGCCUGGCUCUGUCCAAAGGUAACAAAAUCAACCUACCAUCACUUCUUUCUUUUUUUAAGAUUAUUGUUUGAGGGCUUUUUCCCUAUUAUUUCAGAGUGAGAGACAGUGGAUAGGCCGGAAAGGUGGGAGAGAGAUGGGGGAUGACACGCAGCAAAGGGCUGUAGGUCGG